AAGCAUUGUUUGCACAAAUUUAAGGCUAUUGUAAAUUCAUUUUAUUUUUGAAAAUAUUAAUCCGGUCAUGACCUCGGCUCAAUUAUAGCCUAGUUUUGGGACAUGGCUUCGGAGAUAGCUCCUUACAGCUUACAGAAAGAAUUAUUCUGAUAACGAUUGCAAGGUACAUGUACUACAGUACUGUGGUCAUUAUAUUGAAGACAUAUGAUGUACUAUUCAUAGUGAAUCAGCAACGGCGCUAGCCAAUUACUGGAAUAAAAAGAGUGGAUGAAGUCAUUAAUUAAAAUGGAUUUGCCUAACCUGGUACAGUUACCCAGACCAUAACAUGUCAUUUUAAUGGUGGAUGAAAUAAUUAAGCAACAGUUUUAAGGUACACUUGGAAAAUGGAUAUGUCUAAUCGUGAUCCAGCUAACAUGACAUUCUUGCCGUUCGAGAAGAAUCACGAUGCUCACGCGUUUGAUGAUUAUUUGCGCCGGCACUGGACGGACUCGUUUAUAUAUUCUGGUAUAUAUGUGAUAGUUGUGUUUGGAGGUCAGGUUGUAAUGAAACAUCGAGAAAGAUUCGAACUAAGGUCAAGUCUAGCGGUCUGGAGUGGACUUUUAGCAGCGUUUAGUAUAAUGGGUACAAUUCGGAUGGUUCCAGAACUGAUUUGGGCUGUAAAGUACAAGGGUUUCGAGUACUCUUACUGCAACGGCUCGUUUCUAGAACAUGGAAAAGUUUCCAGCUUUUGGGGAUGUGUCUUUGCGCUGUCUAAAGUCGUUGAACUAGGUGACACUGUCUUCAUAGUCCUUAGAAAACAGCAGUUGAUCUUUUUACAUUGGUACCAUCAUAUAACAGUUCUAAUUUAUGUCUGGUACAGUUACCCAGACCAUAUUGGCACCGCCAGAUAUUUCAUGGUGAUGAACUAUACUGUGCAUUCAGUAAUGUACAGCUAUUACACUCUUCGAGUUUUGAAAUACCGACUUCCCAAGUGGAUCAGUAUGUUAAUUACCUCUCUUCAACUUGUUCAAAUGUUCUCUGCAAUUACUGUGACUAUAACAUCAUACAAUGCACUAUCUUCAGGCCGAGAAUGUGCUACCAACUAUAAAAAUAUAGGAUGGAGCUUGCUUAUGUAUUUUAGCUAUCUUGUAUUAUUUGCACGAUUUUUCUAUAUGAAUUAUAUACGGAAGAGCCCAGUCGUUCACGAAAAGAAACAAUAAUUUUUUGUAAGCAAAUGGUAACGUAACCGAGAGGUCAAGUUGUUGAUUUAUACGUGCAAUACACCUUUAUUUCCGUUAAGGAACUCUUUGGUAUUAUUAUAUACCUGCAAAAUGACAAUGUUUCGUUAUACGUGCACAGAUACAAGUUUCCGUGUGAGGAGGUGCACGACAGCUAACACUAUUUGUAUAGCAUAUUGCUUUUAUAAUAUUAUGUUGUCAAUACUCAUUUGGCCUUUAAAGGGCACACACUGUAUAAAAGUGGUCGUUCAAGGUCCCUACCACAACCCCAUUCAUGUCUGCUUCUACCCCUAUGUUAUAAAAUCAUUAAUGGUACAUAUGUUGUUCGUACUAUGAAAAGCAACACCUAUACUUAAAGUAAAUAUAAUCUGUUUAUGUUUGAUAUUUUAAGACUAAUGCGAGCAAAUAAACAUAAAAUGUCAAAAACAUAAAAGCUUUUAUUUCUUUGACAUAACAAAAUGUCUAAUGAAUAAAAAUAAUAAUCUUACUGUAUUUACUUUCUUCUAAUGCCUCAACGAAUGUCUAGAAAAUGAAUGAGAGAAAACUGGAUGUUUGUAAUAGAUGAAACAUUCUCUUUGUCUUUGCCUGCUCACUCUAACAACAUUCUUUCAAUGUAGUUUCAAUAAACACAUGGUGGCUGCACAGCAACAUUGAUAUUGUCGGAAUUGCUAUCAUGUGACAGCUAGCGUGAAGAUACUUUUUAAAUUUCUCAAUAAUACCUAUACAAUGUCGGGAGCAGAAAGGAAUACUUCUG